UCGCACUGCCUCUACCAAGAUGGCGGUUUCACGUCUCCUGCCACGGUGAUUGGAUUACCAUGCCCAGGAACCCCGCCCCGCUAGUCUAUUGCCGUUAUCUUAUUGGCUCCGGGCCCGGCCCGGCCUGGACAGCCCAGGGUGACUUCCGGAGGAGCGGGGGUGUACGGCGCUAUCAAUUGAGGGAGGAAACAGAACGAGAAGCGAAAACGGCAGCAGGGCCAGCCCCUCCCCUCGUCACCGGAACCGGAAAGCGUGGUCGAAAGGGAGAGCCCCCUGGGGAUUGGUGUAAACUGCCCCCCCUCCCAUCCUACUACAGUUAUCUCUGGUUGGGUGUGGCCCUGACACUGACAGGGGCCACAGGAGGCACGUGUGCCAUUGGUGGUCUGCUGGCACCUUCCAUCAGCAUCCACAUCUGGGCAGACCCCCAUUAACUUCAGCUCUAUAGCCCCCACCCCCUGUAUUCCUGUAUAUGUGUGUUAUAUAUAGAGCACAGCCAGCCUCUGACACAGGCUCCACACCCCCUUCCUCCCCCUGCCAGGGAUGGAGUGCCCUUUAUAGGUGAUUGCCCCAUCUGGGGCUGUAGAGGGGUAGGCUUCCCCCCCCCCCCCCCCAUCAGGGGGUGUAUAUCAUAUUUUAGAAAUUAAUUAGCUGUAGUGUUAUUGGCAUGGCACCCAUGACAUAGUUUUAUUAUACCUCACCCCGGUAUUGAUACGUAGUAGGUGACAGCGGUGCCAAUACCAUUGCAGUGCCAUUGUAUUGCCAGCCGGUGGGCACCCACUGAGUUUUGUGGUGGGGUGACAUGAGCCGUGGGAGAGACGACGGUGCCCAGUGACCCCAGUGCGAGAAUAAAUAGCAGCAUGGCGUCGGAGGAGGCCUCACUGAGGGCCCUGGAGAGUCUGAUGAGUGAGUUCUUUCACACGAGUACAACUAACGAGCGGAAGAGAGAAAUUGAGUCUCUGUUGAAUAACUUUGCUCAGCAACUUGGAGCCUGGAGGUUCUGCUUCUACUUCCUGUCCAGCUCGCACAAUGACUACGUCCUGAUGUACAGUCUCAGCGUUUUCGAGAACCUGAUCAACAAGAUGUGGCUGGGGGUCCCCUCCGAAGAGAAGAUGGAGAUCCGCAGUUCCCUUCCCAAACUGCUGCUGAGCCAGCACAAGGCUCUACCGGGCUUCAUUUGCAACAAGCUGUGCAAGGUUAUUGUGGACAUGGGCAGGCAAGACUGGCCGAUGUUCUAUCACGAUUUCUUCACCAACAUUUUACAGCUGAUCCAGACUCCCAGCACCACGCCACUCGGUCUGAUCAUGUUGAAGACUGCAUCUGAGGAGUUGGCUUGUCCACGGGAGGAUCUCAGCGUGGCCAGAAAAGAGGAACUUCGCAAACUGCUGCUAGAGCAAGUGCCAACAGUGCUGGGGCUGCUCACAGGAGUCCUGGAAAGCAUCUGGGAGAAGAACAGUGUAACUGCAGCCACUCCUCCGCCAUCCCCCACCGCUUCAGACGCUGAUGACCUCCUCAGUAACCUUGUACACACCCCCGCCUUGGCCAAACAGCUGAGCCAACCACCGCCGAGCCUGGAGGCCGAAAGUGAGCGCAUCUGUUCCCUGGCCCUCGAGUGCCUCUCUCACCUCUUCAGUUGGAUUCCCCUUUCCGCCAGCAUCACCCCCUCGCUGCUUACCACAAUCUUUCACUUUGCACGCCUCGGCUGUGACGCCAGGUCACGAAGGACUCCUGUUACCCCCAACUCCUCUGUCACCCAUAACGGUGGCAGCAACAGCCCUCCUCCACCAUUAACAUUGCCCACCUCUCAGCGAGAGCGCGACCGACUGGGCGUCUUGGCCAUGUCUUGUAUUAAUGAACUGAUGUGCAAGAAUUGUGUCCCUCUGGAGUUCCAGGAGUACCUGUUACGUGUGUGCCAGCAGACGUUCUACCUCCUACAGCGGAUUACACGGGAAACUAAUUCUCACAGUGUGCGCAACCGCCUGGAGGAGCUGGACGAGAGUUACGUGGAAAAGUUCACCGACUUCCUCCGGCUCUUUGUUAGUGUCCACCUGAGAAGGAUCGAGUGUAACGCCCAGUUCCCUGUGGUUGAGUUCCUGGCACUACUAUUCAAAUACACCUUUCACCAGCCCUCACAUGAAGGUUACCUCUCAUGUCUAGAUAUCUGGGGGCUCUUUCUAGACUAUCUGACCAACAAGAUAAGGAACCGGCUAGAAGACAGAGAGGCCAUCAUCAGCAGGUACGAAGACGCCCUGGUUCUGCUGCUCUCCGAGGUGCUGAAUCGAAUCCAGUUCCGCUACAAUCAGAGCCAACUGGAGGAACUGGAUGACGAAACGCUGGAUGAUGAUCAGCAGACUGAGUGGCAGAGAUACCUACGUCAUAGCUUGGAAGUGGUAGCCAAAAUCAUGGAGCUGCUCCCCACCCAUGCCUUCACUACACUGUUUGCUGCCCUGCAAGAGAACCUAGAGGUCUAUCAUGGGUUGCAACGGUGUAUAGUGAACACGGGGGCAGACCAGCGUCUCAAUGUGACUGGAGAGAACGACUGCCGCCGGUUACACUGCUCUCUGCGGGACCUCAGCUCCCUACUCCAAGCGGUGGGGAGGCUCGCCGAGUAUUUCAUCGGAGAUAUGUUUGAAGCGCGUUUCAAUGAUGCCCUAACUGUAGUGGAAAGGUUGGUCAAAGUUACGUUCUAUGGCUCCGAGAUGAAACUGUACAAUAUGGAGACUGCCGUGCCAUCUGUGUUGAAGCCAGACCUUGUGGAUGUCCAUGCCCAGUCGCUGGCGGCGUUACAAGCUUACUCCCAUUGGCUUGCUCGCUACUACAGUGAAGUUCAGCGUCAGAACCCUGAGCAGUUUAUCUCUAUCAUCUCCACGGCGAUGGAGGCCCUUCCCCUGCUCAUCAGCACAAAGGUACAAGAGAAGCUGCUGCUUUCUGCAUGCCAUCUACUGGUUUCUGUGGCGACAACGGUGCGGCCUGUGUUUCUCAUCAACAUUCCUGCCGUCCAGAAGGUCUUCAGCCGAGUGACAGACAGCUCCGCACAGAGGCUGCCAGAAGAGGCUCAGGUGCUCCUGUGUCGGGCUCUAUCUAAUGUCCUGCUCCUCCCGUGGCCAAAUGUUCCUGAGGGCGACCAGCAUUGGGGAGAACGCUCCAGUCACCACACCAACCUCUUGAGCGCUUUGACCAGAGACUACCGCCAGCUGAAGGGCAGCACCCCUCCUCAGAGGAAAGGCCAAAUGGAGGCCACCAAGCGGGUGAUCUGUCAGACGCUGGGAGUGCUGCGGGACAUUGUAGAGAACAUCUCCGGUGAGGGCACAAAGCCUCGCCAGAUUUGUUACCAGUCGAUGCAGGAGGCGGCACAGCUCUCCCUCACCCUUUUCCCGGCAUAUAUCCACCAGUCCGAUGUGACGGAAGAAAUGCUCAGCUUUUUCUUAGCAUUGUUUCAAGGACUUCGAGUACAAAUGGGAGUUCCUUUCACCGAGCAGAUUAUUCAGACCUUUCUCAACAUGUUUACCAGGGAGCAGCUGGCAGAGAGUAUACUGCAGGAGGGCAGUGCCGGCUGCCACGUGGUGGAGAGAUUCCUGAAGAUCCUGCAGGUUGUAGUACAGGAACCUGGUCAGGCUUUUAAACCUUUCCUUCCUAGUAUCCUGUCCCUCUGCAUGGAGCAGCUGUACCCCAUCAUUGCGGAGCGCCCAUCCCCGGAUGUGAAAUCUGAGCUGUUUGAGCUGCUUUUCCAACUUCUCCAUCACAACUGGAGGUAUUUCUACCGCUCCUCGGUUCUGGCCAGUGUACACAGAGAUGGUGCGGAUGAGCCUAUGGAGAACCAGGCACAGUUCAUUGGGGUCAUGCAGGCCUUUGGUCAGUCGUUCCUGCAGCCUGAUAUCCAUCUUUUCAAACAAAAUCUCAGCUACCUGGAGACCCUAAACAGCAAACACAAGUUGUACCAUAAGAAGCUGUUCCGAGACGUGAUGCUCCCCCAGUUUGUCAGUGUUUUACUUCAGGUCCUUAUUCACAAGUCCCAUGACCUCCUUCAGGAGGAAAUCGGUAUUGCGGUCUACAACAUGGCAUCUGUGGACUUCAAUUCGUUCUUCUCUGCUUUCUUGACUGAGUUCUUAGCUGGCUGCCAGGGCUUGGACAGCGGCCAGAAGAAUGUCCUUGCCCGCAACUUUAAGAUGGAACGGGACCUGCCUUCGUUUACCCAGAGUGUGCAUCGCUUGGUCAAUGACCUCCGAUACUACAGGCUCUGCAAUGACAGCCUCCCCCCAGGAACUGUGAAACUGUGACAGGCCCACUCCCCGCUGACGCCUAUCUCUCUGCAUCGAUAGUCUUAACUCGCCCGCUACAGAUGUGAAGCCCCCGCUACUCCACUCAUCUUGAGUUUUUUUGUUUUGUUUGUUUUUUAUGACUUUUGGACGAUUUUUAGCACUUUCUCUCUGAGAGAUCUCGGUGCCUCCUGGUUUCUCCAUUUAAUCCCUUUGUUUAAGGGGUUGUUUAUAAAUCCCGCUGUGGACUCGGGGGUUAAGUAAAAACUCCUCGUCCUUUUUAACUGCAAUAUCUUAAAUUUCACAAACCUUCAAUAUCAUUCCCUGAUAUCGGAGAAUGUGGGUGGCCGUCACCCGUUUUGGACACUGAUGUCUGGAUUUUAAAAGACUGUAUAGUCCAAUUACCUGCCCCAGUCACUUGGGAUGCACACAAUUUAUGAUGUAAUGUUUUAUAUAUAAAUAUAUUAUUUUUUAUUUUAUUUUUUGUUUUGUUAUCAUUCCAUUGUGAAAUUGCAAAAUCGCUUCUCGCGAAUAAAAUGAAUGCCUUGUUUAUA